AUGGGGUCAAAACCAUUAGCAUACGAUAGCUUGAGAGUUGUGCUACAGCAUAUGGAAGCAAAUAAAAGAUUUCAACUGGCCUCCAGAAUCCCUUCUAUUCGUCUGACUGAGAAGGCAGUGCCGUUGAAAAUCAACACAAUCAGACUGGGCGACAGUGAUUUUGAAGUCAAUCAAGUUGUAUACAGAGUGAGCUUGUAUCAAGAAUACUCUGAUAUCAACGAGCCCGAGUCUGUUUACUAUCAGAAUAUGUAUGGCUAUUUUCAAGAUGAUAUAGAUGAAUUUGGUUUUGUGAAGAGGUCCGGGCGCCGAACAGUACUACCCGGAGACUUAUUGAUUGGCCUACCAGGACUAGACGAAGAGGAUGAUAGAGAUGACGAAGAACGAAUGCAGCAGUUGGAAAACGAGUUGAAAGAAGAGGAAGGGUGUUUAGAGAAAUUUCAAAGUGCAAUUCUUCAGCUUGCGGAUUCUGAACCUGAUAAGGAGAAUAAGAAUAAGAUAAAUGGGGAGCACUUUAAUCUCCUUAAUGACGGUCUCGAUCCUUUGCAGUUUGUUGCUGAGAACAAAACUCAUCCACGUGCAAGACUCACUUUGAAAACUGCUAUGGAUGUGUGUUCAGGCGGUAUCGAAUUGUUGAAAGAGUCACUAUCUCCGUUCUAUCACCGUCAGGAUAAUAUUCCUCUACCGUACACUCCACUCAUUCAAAUUUCGAUAAGCGGUAAGAGCAUUAAUCAAGUUCACCGUCUUCCCUAUAAUAUGAAGGUCUUCGAAGCCCAAAAACGACUCGCAUUUUUCAUAUUCGGCAAUCGCUCUUGCCCCAUAAAAACUGGAUCACUGGAACAAGAGUUUUGUGAGAUAUUCCGGUUACCUGUCGGUGUGAAGUUCCAUAUUCAAGAACUUCGAAUCAAUGGAAACAUUACAAAAAUAUACGAAUCAGUCAAGCCGAUCAUCGAAGAAACAAGCUUCCCAUUGGCCGUGCUUCAGACGUGUUGUUAUCACAAUGGGCAUCAGAAUUACGAUCACGAGAUAGUGAAGAGUGCUCGAGAACUAGUUAUAGGAGAAUUUAAACGAGAUGUUAGGGAAGUGAACUGGUUCGAUUUGUUCACAAGUCUCAAUAACAAAAUAGUUCAUAAAAUGUUGGACGACAAGUUUUUCUCGAAAGACGACGGUUGA